AUGAUUUCCCACAAAGAUGUCCUGGGCAUGAUUUAUCUGAUCCAGUUUAUGAGUGGAAUCCUAGGGAACGGUCUCCUCUUUUGUUUUUAUUGUAUUAAUUUCAGUUCUGGCUAUAGGCAAAGAUCCAUUGACCCAUUUGUCAUCCAUUUGGGCUUUGUCAACACCAUGAUGCUUCUCUUCAGAGGAAUACCCAAGAUCAUAGAGAUUUGGGGGUGGGAAAACUUCCUGAAUGAUAUUGGGUGUAAGUUAAUUACCUAUCUGCAAAGAGUGUCCCGAGGCCUUUCACUCUGCAGUGUCAGUCUGGUGAGUGUCUUUCAAGUGAUUACUAUCAGUGCCAAUAGCCCUAUGUGGGCAUUGCUCAAAGCCAGAUCUCACAAAUGUAUCUUACCCUGUUGUGUGUUCUGUUGGAUUCUCAAUCUGUUAAUGGAUGUUUUUGUGCCCUUGUACAUAACUGGUCCAAGUAAUAGCACAAAUAAAGGAAGAAGGAAUUUGGGAUACUGCUUUACAGAUAUGCAUGCCAUGCAUGCUUUAAAAGUUCAUAUCUGGAAGUCUCUCUAUUAUAGUGCAUUUGUGGGCAUCACGGCCUGCAGCAGUGUCUACAUGGUAGCUUUCCUAUAUAGGCACCGACAGCAAGUUGAGCACAUUCACAGCACUAGCCUCACACCCAGAGUCUCCCCUGAGAUUAGAGCCACCAAAGUCAUCCUGCUGCUGGUGGGCACCUUUGUUGGCUUUAACACAAUCAGCAGUCCUUUUAUUCUUUAUGUGAAAUAUUCUAAUGGAACCAGUUCUUGGGCUGAUCAUGUCACUCCUUUUCUCUCCAUGUCUUUUCAGUCAAUCAGCCCAUUUGUGCUGAUCACUAGUGACACCCAAAUUCAUAAGUCCUGCUUUAGAACAUCUGGUGCUGGUCAAAGCAAUACAAUAAUUAUGAGAAACGACUCUGGGAUUUUGCUGCAGCUGAGAGCAUCCGGAGGCCACUGCUUUGGCAGCAGAGAUCACACGGGAAUGCAUUCUUAUCAUGAUAUCCUGUGUACUUUCAACAUGCUUCAGAUUAUAAUUGGAGCAUUUGGAAAUGGUUUAAUGCUUUGCUUCUAUGGCUAUAAUAUAAUCACUGGUCCAAGAAUAAGACCCAUUGAACUGAUUUUCAUUCAUUUGGCUUUUUCCAAUAGUGUGAUGAUUGUCUUGAGAGGAGUUCCAUGGGCAGUGCAUUCCUGCAUUCAGAAAAUUUUCCUGGGUGACAUUUAAUGUAAAAUCAUCUUUCAUCUUCAAAGAGUGGCCUGGGGCACUUCCUUUUGCAUUACCUGCCUUCUUAGUGUCUUCCAGGUCAUUACCAUCAGUUCUGGCCGUCCCAUAUUGGCAGAGGUCAAAGCUAGAGCCUCAAAGGAUAUUGUCCCACUCUUUGUUUUGGUAUGGGUUCUCAAUCUUUUGAUAGCUGUGGUUGUGCCUCUAUAUGUGACUGACACUAGGAACAACACAAAGAGUAACCUGAUUAGAAACCUUGGGCUUUGUUCUGUGGACAGGUGUGCCAUGACUAUCUCAAAAUUCGUAAUCUGGAAGCCACUUUAUGUUGCAGUGUUUGUGGGGUUCAUGGCCAUUACCAGUGGCUACGUGGUGGUUGUUUUGUACAGACACCACUGGAAAGUCCAGCACACUCAUAAGACCAGCCUCAGCCCCAGUUCUUCCCCAGAGACCAGAGCUACCAAAGUCAUCCUUUUGCUCAUGAGCAUCUUUGUGUGCUUCUAUUCAUUCAGUUCCAUCUUUAUUAUUGUGAUGGAUAAUUCUAAAGAUACAAACCCAUGGAUGAUGUAUGUCUCUGUUGUUUUUUCCUUGUCUUACCCAACAAUCAGUCCCCUUCUUUUAAUCUGUAGUGAUUCCCAGAUUCUAAAUUGUAAUAAAGAUUUCAAAAGAAUGAAAAAGACUUUUUCACCAAAUUCUGAGAACAAAUGUGUUAAAAUAUAG